UACCUACUGUGUAGAGGCACAGACGUGGCCGGGAGAGUGUCAGGGACACGGAUGAAAGUGCGCUCGGCCGGUCAUAGGGAAGAGACGAGAAUGGUGAGUCGAGGGCGCCUUCUCUCCGCCUUCUUUCCGGUUUCCUGAGCGUUGGAGUGAGAUGAGACGAGAUGAAAUCAUGAGAGAUGAGAGUUUCUCUGCCCGUCCGUUCUCACACUCAUCACCGCUCGCCCUUCUGCUACCUGGUGGAAAGGCCCAGACCGACCCCGGGCAGAGCUAUCCGUUUCCUCCAAUGAGUCUCCGACCCAAGUUCAGGGUACCUUCACCUCGCCAACCGCAGCCGCAUGAGUUCCGCCGUAUAGCUGCAGCGGGGACUCGCGGCUGGGGGCCGCCGUUCAGGUACCCAUCGACGCAGGUUGGCUCGCCGAGUGGUUGCCCAACUGCAGCAUCGGCGGCUCAUACCUGGCGCGGAGAGAGAGUGAGCGAGACACACACACAGCGAGUGAGAGUGAGAGUGAAGUGUCCACUGAGACAUGCACCCGGGAAAAGAACAGCCUGCUUCGGGCUCUCCCCCCCUGGAGAGCAGCUCACAAUCAUCACCUCCUUUCCGUCCAACCAACACUCAGCAUCUCUCAGGCUCUGGCUCUUCAAUCUCUCUCUCUGGCACUCUGCCCCCAACUCGCAUCCUCGCCCCCACACCCUCAUGCACUCGGCUCCCAAUAUCACCUUCAUUCGCUCUUGGGGGCCAGUCAGUACUGGCACCAGACCCUUCGUCAGGCACAAGGCACAGGCGCGGGCGGCACAAGCUAUCCCUUCUGUCCAUAUCUGCGUUCAUGCUCAUGCAUAUGCAUAGCUGCCAACCGCUGAAGAGAGCGUUUUCCCCUUCCGCGCAGCUGAAGAUGAGGGGAUUGGGGGCGCAGGCCACGAUGCAGACAGACGCGGCGGUGUUCACGAACUCGCAUAUGACGAAUCGCAUCGUGUUUUUGAGGGAUGUCUUGAGUUUUGUCAUCACAACAUCAACAACACCAUCAUCAUCAU